GAGCGGUAAAGUAAUAGGUUGAUGGCGUGAGACUUGAAAGUCUAUUUCCUUGUGAAUUGGACAGAUUUGCAGCAUUGCUUUUUUAAAUUUAAUAUUUUUGUUUUCUAAACACUUAGUGAAAAUUGUAGUGGCUAAUAAGUGUUGUAUUUAUUCUGUGCAUUUUUUCCUGUCGAUUAGUUACUGCGGAAAUUCCAAGAGUGAGCCAUGGAGGAGUUAGCAAGAAGCAAUGCUUCUUUAAUGAAGAUGUUUGAAAAGAAGGUUCAAGGGUUUAUUGAUGAAGUGGAAAAUAAUCACAUGGUCUGGUUACAGGAAAUCCAGGAAGAAGCUGCAAAGAUGUUUUGUAGUAAUUUUAGUGAAGAGCCACAACUGAUGCCGAAGACACCAUCACAGAAAAAGAAAGGAAGAAAGAAGAGAUCCUCCUUUGGAAGAGAUGAAAAUCAGAAUCCAAGCAGAAGGAGACUCUCCAGGACUAGACGGAGUACUGUAAGGCGUUCUUCUGUGAAAGUGUCAUCCUUGAACCUUAUAAAUGAAGAACUACAGAAAGAACCUCUUAAAGUGGAGGAUUUGGAGCACUCUGAUCCUUUAAAGGCAAUUCUCAAUGAAAACAAAGCUUCCAGUGUUACCAAGUCAUGUGCGAAGACUUUGUUGGAAAAGAAAGUUGUAGUCGAGAUCACUUUGAAUGACCGUCUAUCAGCAGAAAUUCAUCAGCAAAACAAAGAUGUUCAUGAAACAAUCGGGAAUCCUGAAGAAAUGUGUCUAGAAGAUGUUGGCUCUGAUACAGAAAGUGUUGCUUCAGUGGCUUGUGUGGCAAUUUCAGGCAUUGCAAGAGUGGAUGCUCCUGUAAUAAGGGCUGCUUUCGACACUUUUGCAUGUCCAAUGAUAGAUUCAGCUAUGGCAAGUUUGGAUACCACUCGGCCAGGUGUGUCUGUUGAUCAGGGUAGUGAAUCUGAGAACUCUUCUGAGAAUUCAAAGUCUAGGAAAGAAUCCAGAGGAACCUUCAAAUCUGCCCGUAAAAGUCACAGGCCAUCUGGACGGCGUUCCAUUGCAGGUCACAGAUCGCUUCUCAGUAUACGCGAAAGCCUGACCCGAGAAUCUAUGCGCAGGGCAAGCCGGCGCUCUGUUCACAAGAAGGCUAUGCUGGAGUCCUCCACUUCAAGUUCAAGAAGCAAUGACCAUCUUGAAGAUAUGAGAGAUGAGCCAGAUACUGAUAUUGUGGAAUUUCUUUCUGUGGUAGAGGCUGAAGACGUUCAGGUUGCUCGGCAUGCUACACGAAGUUCUACCAAAAGAAAUGCUGAAAAACAUUGCAAUCCUAAUGAGGUUACCACAACUAAUGAUGAAAACAAAGGCAACAACAAGGCUGAACGUUGUGCAGACCUCCUGAAAAGCUGUGUCGUGUUGAUCAGUCAGGGAGAAGAUUGUCAGGCUGAUCAGCCAGUCAGUCCAGUGAAGAAACCUCUCCCUGUUGUUGGUAUUCCUAAAAGCCACAGUGCAAUGAAACCACACCUGAAGUCAUUCCUUCAUACUGUGCAAAAAAACCAGCUACUGAUGUCUACCCCAAACUCAUUGGGUCGAUCAACUAUUGUCAAAUCCUUCAUUAAACGCACUACCCCACUCAAAGUUGAUAUCAAGGAAAAAGAGCGACAACGUCUUGAAAUGCUUAAAAAGAAAGAAGAUCAAGAAACGGAGCGAAAAAAGAAAAUGGAAGAAGAAAAGAAACGGAAACUAGAAGAAGUGAAAAGGAAACGCGAAGAGCGUUUGAAAAAGGUAACUGAGGCCCGUGAGCGAGAGGAGCAGAAAGAAGAAGCCAAAAAAAGGAAAAUUGAGCAAAAGUUUGCCCAAAUGGAGGAAAAGAAUGACAAGAUACGUGAGGAACGGAUUGCAGAGGAGAAAGCUAAACGCAAGCUUGCUAAUAAGAAAAUGGAAGAAGUAGAAAUUCGUCGUAAACAAGAGGAAGAUGCAAGGAGAAUAAAGAUUUUGCAGGCUGAAGAAGAGGAACGAAAACAUCAGGAGUUUCUUCAAAAGAAGAGAGAGGAAGAGGAACAAGAGCGUCUAAAAAAAAUGGCUGAAGUUAAGAGACUUAAACAAGUAGAACAGGAGAGACAGCUUGCUGCAGAGAAAGAACUCCAAAGGAAGAGGGAGCAGGAGCGCAUUCGGAUUGAACGGCAGCUAAAGAAAAAAAAGGCUUUAUUGGAGGCUGCCAAAGAGAAAGAGAGUCUACAAAAGGAGGCAGAUGAAAGAGAGAAAUUAAGGGCAAGUCAAGAACAGCAGCACAAGGCUAAUUUGGAAAAUGAACUCAAAGAAAACCCCAAGGAUGAGAAACUGGCAAAGGAAAAACCAGAUACCUCUAGCAGUCAUAAGACUUUGAACAUUACUGUUGAUUUAGAGAAGUCUCCUCAGUCAUAUGAAAUGACUCCCAAAGGAAGCAAUAAGACUACUGCACGUUUAGAUCCCGAAAACUAUGGGAUGGAUCUAAACAGUGAUGAUUCAACUGAUGAUGAAAGUGCUCCAAGAAAACCUAUUCCAUCCUGGGCAGAAGGGCGAAAGCUAAACCAAGCAAUAAUGCAUCAUUACUAUAAUCCCCCUGAUACUGACAAACGAUAUGGUAAGAUAGAACCACCUAAUCUGGAGGAAAUUUUCAGUAAAAGUAAACCCCGAUACUUGAAAAGAACAAGCUCAGCUGUGUGGAACUCUCCACCAAUGAGGAGCAACCUCCACGGUGUUUCAAUCAAGUUCACCCGUUAGACAACCAUGGACUUGCUAUUCUCCCUUUUUCUUUAGUUUUAAUGUAACUUCGUUUGUAUAUACUUCUGUGUGUUUUUGUUUUUUUUUUUUGUGGUAAAAAUAGUAUUUUAUAUCCGAUAAUUGGAAAAGAAUCUUAAACAUGAAUUAAAUAAAAUGGUAUACAAAUUG